AUGUCUCAAUUCAAUCGAAACGUUCUCAUAACCGGAUGCUCAGAUGGCGGCUUGGGGGCCGCUCUUGCGAUUGCAUUUCAUGAAAAUGGUCUCAAUGUAUAUGCAACUGCUCGAGAGCCUAGCAAAAUGACAGAAGUGGCGUCUAGGGGCAUCAAGACCCUUUGCCUGGACGUACUUUCGGAAAGCUCGAUCACAAGUUGUGUUAGUCAGGUACACGAACUUGACAUCCUAGUCAACAAUGCUGGUGGUGGUUACGGUAUGCCAGUAUCGGAUCUUUCGAUACCAGAGGCUAAGAAGCUCUUUGAUCUCAAUGUCUGGUCCUAUCUAGCAGUCACGCAGGCCUUUCUGCCGCUGCUGCUGAAAUCCAAAGGACUUAUCGUCAACCAUACUUCGGUUGCUUCCUUGUGUACCGUGCCUUUCCAAUCUGCAUAUAAUGCCUCUAAAGCUGCGAUGGCAACUUUCUCCGAUUCGCAGCGGCUAGAACUCAAGCCAUUCGGUAUCAAAGUUGUGGACCUCAAGACCGGAAUUGUCAAGUCAAACUUCCAGAAGAACCAACGAAACCAAGCACGGGUUUCUUUGCCCGUAGGAUCAAUUUACGAAAGGGUGAAAGAUGUGGUAGAGAAAACAAAUCGGGGUGAGAUCUUUGAAGGUUCUGGAAUGCCAUCGCAGGAAUGGGCAAACUUAGUCGUGAAUGACCUUUUGAAAGGUCAACCGCCAUCUAAUAUUUGGAGGGGCACACAAGCCUGGUUAGUACGGGUUGGGAGUGUUUUACCGUUUGGGUUCCUUGAUGGAACGGUCAAAAAAUUGACAGGGCUGGAUGUUAUCGAACAGAUGCUCAAAGGAUGA